AUGCGCCUCGCCGUCCCGGCGCUCGCCCUCCUCUCACUGCUCGCGCUGCUCCGCGCACACGGCGCCACGGCUCCGAGCGUCGCGGGCAGCGACCACCUAGGUCUGGAGCGCGCGUCAACCGAACAGGGCGGGGCUACGCCCGAGGCGAGCCACAGCGGCAGCGUGCACGCGGCGCCGGACAGCUCCACGCGGCGGGCGACGGACGGCGGCGGCGGGACGCGCUCCCACUCCCACGGCGAGGGGGAGGAGGAGUGGAAGGUGCCGCUAAAGCCUUCGGUGGUGGCGCGGGCGCCGAGCAUCGGCGGCGUCGACCGGCGCGAGUCCGCGCUGGCGAAGCGGCUGAGCGUGCUGGUGACGCUGCUGUACACGAUGCUCUACCUCAUCGCCUCCCCCGUGGCCAUCAUGGCCAACAAGAUCCUGAUGAAGGACAAGGGCUUCGGAUACCCGGUGAUGGUGUCUGCGAUGGGGCAGGUUGCCACCGCCUUGUGCGCCGCCGUCGUCGUCUUCAUCACGGGCGAGAGCCUCGAGACAGGCCGCAAGAUCGGCGCCACCACGCUGCUCGUGCUCGGCUGCGUCUCGGCGCUGGCGCUGGUGCUCGGCCAGUACCCGUACUUUUACCUGACCGUGGCCUUCAUCCAGAUGCUGAAGGCCUUCUCGCCGGCGUACAUGAUCUGCUUCCUCUUUUGCCUCGGCGCGGAGCCGCCGGUUGUAGCGCGACGGGGGACGGUCAUCCGGAAAGACGUGCCGUGUGUGAGCAGGCUUCGAGCAUUUGUCCAACUGGGCAGAAAGAGAGUGGAAUGCGCCAGCAAGAUGGGCCGUGUGGAGCGGCCGUCCAACCGCGUCAUCCGGUGCGUACUCGGGCUGUCGGUGUGCACGUGCAUCGCUUCGGCGGGCGAGGCGAGCCGUCUGGACUUCACUGCACGGCAAUGCGACACAAUGCACGCCGCCUUCACGAAGGGCGCUGUCAACUUUUCGCUCAUCGGGGUGCUCUUUAUGACGAUGGCGUCUUGCUCGGAUGCGCUCCGGCUCGGGAUCGGCUACGCGGGCCUGCUUCUCUUCUUCGCGUUGUACACCGUCGCCAAGAACCAGGCGCGCCGAGAUUGUGCGAGAUCGCGCGAGGCGGUCCCAGAUACGUACACCGUCGCCAAGAGCUAG